AUGACGGAACUUCUAGAUCAGAAAUACAGACAGCAGUUGGCCACCUGGAUAGGAAAGACCUCUCAUUUCCAGUUGCUGUACAAGAUUAGCAGAGACGGAUGUUCAGCUAAAACAUUUCACCAGAAAUGUAACAGUAAGGGAGAAACGGUGACUGUUUUCUACAACACAAACAAUACAAUAUACGGGGGAUACCUGUCACAGAGCUGGAAUUCUAACGGCAAAAACAUCAUUGAUCCUAAUGCGUUUUUGUUUCGACUGCAGUAUAAUGGGUCAUCAAAUCCACUUAAGUUUCCCAUUUCCGAUACAACUUAUGCUGGGUAUGGACAAUCAAAUUAUGGGCCAACAUUUGGUGAUGGCUUUGACAUUUAUUCUUUUAGUGGAAACAUCAACAAGUCUGGAAAUUACUUUCCUUUGAAUGGUUCUUUCAAUAUGGGACACUCAUACACUUUAAAUGGACAAAACGUGAAUUCCAUAGCAAAUGGUCAUCUUCAAGUGACGGAUCUAGAAGUAUACCAAGUGAAAGAUGGCCCUGACCCAAACAAAUCAACAGAAAAGGCAGUGGGUUCUGCACUUCUGGACAACCCUUGGAGAAAGUUUCCAGAGUUUAAUGUGGAGGUAGUGCAACAACUGAAAGAAUCAAUUGUUGAUUUUGAACCUGAGAAUGAGGCUAAGUUGUCUGCCGUCAACGUUCUUCUGAUUGGUCAGAUUGGGGCGGGAAAAUCCAGCUUCUUUAACUCGGUGAACUCUAUUUUCCGGGGAAAAAUCACCAGUAAGGCUCGCAGUGGGAGUUUUGAGCACAGUCUAACAACAGUGUUUCGAAGAUACACCAUAAAGGACCAGAACUCGGGUCAUAACCUGAAGAUUCGCCUGUGUGACACUCGGGGUCUGGAGGAGGAUUUUACAAUAGACGCUCAGGAGAUUGUUUACAUACUGGACGGAAACGUACCAGACAGAUACCAGUUUAAUCCGUCGUCACCGUUUACCUCGGAGACGUUUGGAUUCAUUCGGAACCCAAGACUUGGAGACAAAAUUCACUGUGUGGCGUUUGUGGUGGACGGAAGUACAAUUGAUGUUAUGCCCCAAAAAAUUCUCAAACAGCUUAAAGAUUUACAGGGGAGGAUGAAUCAGAGAAAUAUACCUCAGGUCGUGUAUUUGACUAAACUGGACAAAGUCUGCCCAAAGGUCAAUGAGGACGCAUCCAAUAUGUUCUACAGUCCAGCUGUCCGUGACACCGUCAACAAGGUUGCUGACGUCAUGGGACUUCCACGUGGCCAUAUCUUGCCUAUCAAAAACUACGAGAAUGAAACAAGUUUGGAUCCUAAUAUUGAUGUUUUAAUCCUGAAGGCCUUGAAGCAGACGGCAGAUUUUGCAGACGACUACUUGGAGGAACAAGUAGAUAAAUUGGCUGCCGAAGGAAGACGAGAGGAAAAAGACUAAAAUGA